AGUCGAGGAAAUGUAAUGAACGAGUCAGGACCCCUUCAACGUUAUACACGGAAAGGUUGUGCUUCAAACUGGUUUUAAACAGAAAUAUUUUACGUCUUUUAUGGGUCCCCCCUAUUUCCUGAGUCGGCUUUCCUCUUCCCCAUAAGGCAAGGAGUAUCGCCGUGUGACAAUUGACACUUGAAAGGCAGCUUCGUCAACAUUGAUAGUACGUAGGUUUUUAUUGACGUAUACUUGAGCAGCCACUCGAUGCCGACCCAACCCACCGUAGUCGUUUAUCAGUUGUUAUCCAGAUUAGUCACAGUUAAAAAUCUGGCUGUCUGCUGAUAACGACUGCUCAAUUAUUUUAUUUCUGUCACUACCGUCCGACUUCAUUCUGAAAGCCAAAGAUCACAAGAAAACAUUCGUCGGUGCUGAGGGACGUGCGGGUGCAAAGCCUCGGCCAAACUACGAUUUUAUUUCAUCAGAUUUUAAAGAAAUCACCAUCAAAUUUUGGUGGCAAUGCGGCUGUGUCAAAGUGCUGCAUCUACUAACCAUUUUGAAGGCCAAUUGCCAGAAGAAUGGAUCUAAAAUUUUCGAAUAACCGUUCCCGUAAAUGCCGUUCGGUCACACGUCGCCGUUUCUAUUAUGGAAUGUUUUCAUUUUUGGUUCUUUUCUUGAUAGUUUAUAAUUACCUCACGUCAGAAAUCUUUCUGCACCAGAUGGAUCCUCGAGUGAACGUGAGAGCUGGACGAUCCAGAUGUUGUCUGGCGGGCAACACCAGUGGUUCCGACAUGUGCGGACGACCAGAUUGCCUAUGGCCGUGUCCUUAUCCUGCCUUGCAAGAACACAAACAUUUAAAUGUUACUCAGGACAAGGCGUUUUUUCACGAAACUUCCGGCGCCACUUUUCUCAACUUCCGCCAGGCUUGCGUGGUCGAAUCGCUGGCCUUUCACAAUCCCAACUUGACCGUCCACCUCCUCAUGACGGGCAAGCAUUUAGAUCUAAAUUCAGUGACGAUGAAAACGCUGAGGCUCAACUACCCCAACGUGCAAAUCACCAGCAUCAAUUUGGGCGACUACAUGGUCGCCACUCCGCUGGAGCGUUGGUAUUUCUGCACAGAGUGGAACCGUGGAUGGUACGCCGUGGCCCAUCUCAGCGAUGCUCUACGAUUUCUGACCCUGUCCAAGUACGGUGGAUACUAUUUCGAUUUGGACGUGAUCCAACUCCGACCCGUGACUCCGUACCGGAAUUUUGUGGUGGCCGAAGAUGGUGACAAACUCGGAUCGAGUGUCAUUCACGUCGACCAUCAACAUCCAAUCAUUCGAACUGCUGUCGAAACAUUUGCAGCUGAUUACAAAAUUCUUGAUAAUACAGGUGGUAUGUUUGGUCUCAUAAUGGGCCCGAUUUGGUAACGCGGAUCCUACAAAAUUGGUGUCAAGUUUACUACAUUAGCUGGAUGACUCCGGAGCGAUGCCAAGGGUUCCGGAUUUUAGCGCCAAAGUCAUUUUACCCAGUGCACUAUCAUCGAUGGAGAGAUUACUUUUACAAACGUGGCGACAAACCAGUGGAUAAGGUGAACUGGGACGAGUCUGUUGUCGGAGCUCACGUUUGGAACAGCAUGAGCUCUCAUUGGUUAGUCAACAAGAAUUCCAAUCAGUAUUACGCGCAGAUGGCGCGUUCUUCUUGUCCUCUCAUCUUCGAAGUCGCACCCGAAGAGUUUUAAAAAAUAAAUGACUUGUAAAUUUACUACAUCUCUUAUCAAAUAUACACCUAGUUUUGGACGGAA